AUGACUGCCAGGUCUCGCUCUCCAGGAUAUGGCGAUGUUACCAGUAUCAACCUUAAUCGCCUGCUCUCGAGACUAGAGCGUAUAGUAUUGGCAGAUCCAUCACCAGAGCUACGAAAGUCCAGUUACGAGCGGGCACGCGUGAGCGCAAAUAUCGAACAUGCGCGCACGUUACUCCUCAACCUUGAGCAUUCGGCCUCGACAAUACCCUCUAAGUCCAAGAAAUCGGAACUACAAGCCGAUCUGCAACAAAAACGCGAGCUCAUAAAGCAGCUAAAUCAGCGGAUAUACGAAUUGAAUCAGCUAGAUGAUGCAGAGUCGGGCGGGUCUGUAGAUUCCGAUCAAGAAGAAGCAGAUGAAUUUCCUUCAUAUGCGCCGAGAGUGAAGACAGAGGCUGGACGGGAUAUCACAACAUCGGGGGGAAACAACGAAGCACUCCAAAAUGCUGCGCAGGGAUUGGCAUCAGAACUGCGACGGAGAGGCAAGCCAGAGGCUGACGGAGCCAAAUCUGGGGCACAAGCAGCCUCUGGCAAUUCUCUUCUCCCUUCAAAACCCACAACAACGACAGGCGAUCCAGCCCAUGUGCAGACAGAGGCACUCCUAUCUUACGAAAGAAAUGAACAGGAAACGCUCACGACAAGCCUCCUCGAUAUGGCCAAGCUAUUGAAGGAACAAUCGAUAAACUUUUCAAACACACUCGAGGGUGACAAGAGCGUGGUAGAUCGAGCAUUGGCUGGGCUAGACAAGAAUACAUUGAAUAUGGAUGCUGCCAGUAGGAGGAUGGGCACGCUGCAGAGGAUGACUGAAGGCAAGGGCUGGUGGGAUAGAAUGAGGCUCUAUGGCAUGAUUGCUGGCCUAUGGUUGAUCGCAUUCCUAAUUGUAUUCGUAGGGCCCAAGCUUGGCCAAAAUUUCAGUCAACAUCCAUGGCGCUACGCACUUUGCGCCGAACACGUAUUUGCGUGCACACCACGUGGCUCACACGGCAGCCCUGAUCCAUCUUCACCGCUGAGCCACAGAACUGGACCCUGCGCCCAUCUCGCAUCCUGCAAGCAGCCGCUUAGCGUCAUUGAGCCCCCUCUCAACCACUCCUCCGCGGAUGCGGAAGCUGAAUACGACCGCCUUCGCGACCUUGCCCGUCAAGAAGCCGCCAAACGCUCCUCAUGUUUCGACCGCGCGCACCAAGCGUACGAGUCCGGCGAUGGCGCUGCUGCCCACGAGCUCUCACAGGAAGGAAAGAAGCACGCCGAAAAGAUGGAGCAAUACAACCGCCAAGCACGCGACUUCAUCUUCCGGGAAAACAAUGCCGAAGGGCGCGUUGAUGGCGACACAAUUGACCUGCACGGUCUCUUCGUAGAAGAAGCAGAAGACGUGCUCGAGGAAAGAAUCAAAGUCGCCAGACAACAAGGCCAAACCCACCUCCAUGUCAUCGUCGGCAAGGGCAACCACAGCACGAACCACGUACAAAAGAUCAAACCGCGAGUCGAGCAAGUAUGCCGCGAACUGGGCCUGCAGUACCGCACCGAGGAAAACGAAGGUAGAAUCUUCGUCAACCUCCAGGGCGGCAGCGUCGACGAAAUGCCGCCGCCUCCACAUGCGCCGUCAGCUGGAUACCCCGGACAGCAGCACCACGGUGGUGCCCCGCAACACCAUGGUGGUCAACACCAGCAACACCAUGAUCAGCAGCAAAACCAAAACGACGAGAUUGAGAACAUGGUUAAGAAGGGUCUGCCCAAGUUGCUCAAGAUGCUCAAGUGCUGUACGGUUAUGUAA